CAUGAAUUUUUGCUCUGCGCAGCCAUAAAGAAGCUAAUAAUCACUCUCUCGAUUCUUCUUAGUUUCUGACUGAAGUUUCAUCUCCUCGAGUGAAGGUUAUAGUGAGAUUAUUGUGUAGUCAGUAGUGUUUUACACUUUAAUGGUUCUCCUAGUGUGCAUUGCACACAAAAAUGGACGGUAUUGUCGAGGAAGGUCUAAACUCAUCUGUUCUUGUGUAGACCGUGUGGUGUAUUUCUCUAAACUCUUUUGGUAACUCCAAUUUUUAAGCAAAUAGUGCAAAGGGAGUAUUAAUCCACCUCCAUAGAGCCCCAACGGGAGGAGAAUUUCGCAAUAGUUAAUUAUCUCUUACUGGUAAUGUAAGUCCAAAGAAAAUGGUAUCAGAAAGUGUUGUUUAUGAGAUUUAGGGUUGGCUGCUGUAGGACACGGCUUUUCGAAACUUGAGCUUAAGGUUGAUUUGGAGCCCUACUGUAACAAAUUUAGGGCUAAUAUCUACUGCCGAGAAAUGUAAAAUGCUGAAGUCUUUGGAUUUGCAGUGUAGCAAAAGUUCGACUGACACUAUUUUGGUACAGCUGGUCCUUGGUUCUGGAGGAACUUUGAAAUCGUUUGGUCUUGCUGCCAGUCUAUGUCAAAGUCCUUUUGAUGUCUCAUUGGAAGACGUGGAAAUUCACAACAAAUCUCUUGAAACUUUAUCAUUAUAUUCAGAGUACAACCAUGACAAAGGCUUGCUUUCUGCAUGCAAAGUGCGGCCUCUUUUGAAUUCUUUGGCUAAAGGAUAUCUUCCUUUCAAAUCUGUAAAUCCAGAGUUCAGAAAUAUAGAGGAGAAAGGUAUUGAUGCAACUUUCAUGUCUUCUCGUGCUAAUUGCAUUAGUUUACACUCAUCUGGAUUGAAUCAUCUUCUGGUUUGACGGUGAACUUUGUCCACCAUUAAAUGGCAUCAUAAAUAGUAGGAUUUGAUGAAGAACUCAGAGCAGCAUUGAUGGAAUUGUCAUCCAGUGGUUUCUUGAAGAACUUUCUUCAGAAUUACCAUCAAGAGCUUUUUAGAGGAUGUCUCGCAUUACUUGGAGGCAAUAUUGAUCAAUAAUCCUUCUAACAUCACUUAAUGCAAUCACAUGAUGCUAAUGAAAAAUCUGAAUUGAUA